AUGCGCAAGGAAGUUGCCGGCUUUCUUGCCCGACCGAGCAGUUCGAGGGAAACGGCGAGCGAGCGAGUCCUCCUCAUGCUGCGGAAUCAGAGCGCCGCUGAUUCCGCCGUUGUCGCGACUGAAGAAGCGGAGGGGCGAUGGGAGCUGGAACAGGAGCCGCCAGGAGCCCAGGAGGGCGACGAAGGUGCUCGAGAGCAGCCGCGGCAGCCCGGCCGUGGUCAGGUGCACGACAUGGAAGAUGCGGACGUUGCCAAGCCCGGCGGCGACAGCUCCUGCUGCCUCCGCGCGAGGCUCCUCUGGAGACGCGGGACGCCCGGAAUAAAGAAGAAAACUACCUGUCCAGGACUUGGCCUUUUCUAUACCCUGUUGUCUGCCUUUCUCUUCUCCGUGGCUUCUUUAUUUUUAAAGAAAAUUGAAGAUAUACAUUCAGUGGAAGUUAGUGCCUUUAGAUGUGUUUUUCAAAUGGCAUUUGUUCUUCCUGGAUUAAUAUACUACAAAACAGGGUUUCUGGGACCAAAAGACAAACGAAUAUUUCUUUUCUUCCGAGGAUUGCUUGGCUCUGGGGCAAUGAUCCUUCUUUAUUAUGCUUUUCAAGUGAUGCCUCUUGCUGAUGCUACAGUCAUUACUUUCAGCAGUCCAGUUUUUACAUCACUAUUUGCCUGGAUAUUUCUCAAGGAGAAAUAUACUUGUUGGGAUCUCCUUUUCACCAUGUUUACAAUCACUGGAGUGGUGCUUAUUGCAAGACCACCUUUUCUGUUUGGAUCCAAUGUUACUGGAAUUGAAAGAAGCUACACAGAUCAUCUUAAUGGGACAAUAGCAGCUGUUGCAAGUGCAGUUGCUGCUGCUUCAACUUUUGUUAUACUAAGAAAGGUGGGGAAAUCAGUGCAUUACUUUUUGUCCAUUUGGUAUUAUGCAGCCAUUGGGUUAAUAGUAUGUGUAAUAGCACUUUGUGUAAUGGGUGGGUGGAGUUUACCCAACUGUGGCACAGAUAGAUUUCUGCUAAUAUUAAUAGGACUGUUGGGGCUAGGGGGUCAAAUAUUACUUACAAAAGCAUUACAAAUAGAAAAAGCAGGCCCAGUAGCUAUAAUGAAAACAAUGGAUGUGGUGUUCGCUUUUAUUUUUCAAAUUCUUUUUCUCAAUGAUUUCCCAACAUGGUGGACAGUAGGAGGUGCUCUUUGCGUAGUAGCUAGUAGUUCUGGAACUGUUAUUCAGAAGUGGUAUCAAAGCUCCAGAAAAAGUACUGAAAAUGAAAUAUAACAAGUUGAUUACUAUUUCAUUCCUGAAAUAGAACAAUACUCUCAAAUAUUAUUUAUUGUUUAAAAUAAUAUAUUAUUUCAUGUAUCUGUUUUCUCUACAAUCAGCUUUCCUUAUAUGAGUAGUAGCUACCAUGACUCACUGGUUUUUUAUGUGGGCCUAGAUCCAAACAACUGUGAAAAUAAUUUUGUGCACCCAAGGAUGCUUGUUUAUCUUUAGCUUCCUUGCUCUGCCCACUGCAAUAUAACAAACUUGUUCUGAAACUGACAAGACUUUCAAGAUUAAUUAUUUAAUAUGGUAUGGGGACCUAUUGUUCAAAGUAAAAAUAUAAAACAAAAUCUGGUAGGCAUGUCUAAGCCUUUAGGCAAACCUAAAGGAGCUCUUUUGAUCCUAGCGAUUUUUUAAAUGCCAUGCAGCCCUGUCAUAUAUAUUUUAAGGUGAUGGUUUAGAGCCAUUGUUCACAUAUUAUAUAAGAUUGAAGAAGGAAGAAGCACACUGAGUUUAUAUGUUUUCAGUUCUGUUGGAACUUGAAAACAUAACUCAAAGCAAAAUUUUUAAUCUCCUACAGUGGGAUUUUUCAGUUCUGGAAUUAUAUAGGGUUCCUUUCUUGGGAGAGAUCCAAAAGUUCCACUUUAUACUGGAAUUGGGCGAAGAAUCACACUUCACCUCCCAAUUUUGUGCAACACAUGAUUUGGCUGUUGCACUUUUAGUUAUACUGGCAUUGAUCUAGGAACCAUAGUAGGAUUCCAACUCUGGUAGACAGUGUUCUUUGUGAGCACUGAGAACUUUUCCCUGCAAAGUAGGGGACUUCCGCCUCCACAUGUUGGACUCACUUGUGCUCAGUUCAUGCAAGCUGCAAUUUGACUGGAUCAUGAAGAGUACCAUUGUUCUAAUAUUAUAUUACACUUAUGCUUUUAAAAACAUAAAACAGGAUAACACUGUGUGCUCUACAAACACAUGUACCUUAAAACCAUUCACUCCAACAACAACCCAGAUGUUAAUUUAAUUUUGAUAUAAUGCAGUCAUCAAAUAC